UAUAUAAAUACCAUUUCUAUAUUAUAUAAUCUAUAUCUAGGGUUUUUGUGGUCGUUUUCGCGUGGCGGCAACAUCUAAUCAACCAGAUUUUUCGCCAUGGGAAGAAGACCAGCACGGUGUUACCGCCAGAUCAAAAACAAGCCGUACCCUAAAUCCCGAUACUGUCGUGGUGUUCCCGAUCCAAAGAUUAGGAUUUACGAUGUCGGGAUGAAGAAGAAAGGUGUUGAUGAGUUCCCAUUUUGUGUGCAUUUGGUGAGUUGGGAGAAGGAGAAUGUGUCUAGUGAAGCACUUGAAGCAGCUCGUAUAGCAUGUAAUAAGUAUAUUACCAAGACUGCGGGAAAGGACGCUUUUCAUUUGAGAGUUCGUGUUCAUCCUUUCCAUGUGUUGCGUAUCAACAAGAUGUUGUCGUGUGCUGGAGCUGAUAGGCUUCAAACUGGUAUGCGAGGUGCUUUUGGAAAGCCGCAAGGUGUGUGUGCUCGUGUAAGCAUUGGUCAGGUUCUUUUGUCUGUUCGUUGCAAGGAUAGUAACAGUCACCAUGCCCUGGAGGCCCUUCGUCGUGCUAAGUUUAAGUUUCCUGGUCGUCAAAAGAUUAUCGUCAGCAGGAAGUGGGGAUUCACCAAGUUCAACCGUACGGACUAUGUCCAGUGGAAAUCUGAGAACCGUAUCAUGAAUGAUGGUGUCAAUGCCAAGCUACUUGGAUGCCAUGGACCUCUUGCAAAUCGUCAACCUGGAAGAGCAUUCUUAGACGCUGUUGCUUAAGUGAACCGUCUUUAGCAGCAAUCAGCAAUCAGUCUAGUUGAAGUACUCAAAAAACCGUACCUUUUAUUUUGUUUACUAGAAUGACUUUUUUUGUGUUAUCUUUCGUCUUUGUGCUUGGGCUACUGCAAUGUACUGAAAGAAUACUUUGUGAGUUGAACUCGAAUGCACUUCGCUUUGAUUUUA